UGCAUCCAACCGGGUUGUUUUGUCUAUUUGUGUCCCCACCCAACCUCAAAACAAACGUGGAGUCUCUCUCUCUCUUCUACUCCUAAAGUCCUAGAUCUUUCUCAAAACCGCUCCAUUUCUGAUCUUAGGAUCUCCUUUACCCUUUGUGUUCCUGUGUCGUGCCUCUAAAAAAAAGAAAAAAAGCUUGGAAAGAAGAGAUGGCGGAUUGGGGUCCGGUGGUGGUAGCGGUGGUACUGUUUGUGCUGUUGAGUCCAGGGUUGUUGUUUCAGAUACCAGGAAGGGGAAGGGUGGCUGAGUUUGGGAAUAUGCAAACUAGUGGAGCUUCCAUUCUUGUUCAUGCCAUCAUCUACUUUGGCCUCAUCACUAUCUUCCUCGUUGCCAUUGGCGUUCACAUCUACACUGGGUAACUUUCUACUCUCUUUUUUUCUCAAUCUCAAAUGGGAGGUGGAUCUCAAUAGAUUUUCUUUUGCUUAUGUUUUUAUCUCCCUUUUAGUUUUUACAUUACCUUGUAAGUGUGUAUUGUAUUGUAUCUAUAUGUGGGCUGGGCUAGCUAGAGCUCUGGAAUAUUCCUCAUUUUGGUACUGUGCUUGAUGCUUCCCCAAUCCUCACCCCCCAAAAAAAUUUAAAAUUAAAUUUAAAAAGGAUAAGGAAGAUAUUGUUUUCGUGCUAUAUGAAUCAUUGUCUUGUUGCUUUGUGACGGUGGGUUUGUGAACAUUAUU